CAGUACAAAGAGCAGAGGUUACUGAGACACCCAGAAACUGAAAACAUAGUCACAGAGAGGAAGUAUCACACAUGGAAACUUGUCUGUGUCAGAUCUCAGGCUGUCAGAGCGGGGGCCGGGGGCUCAGAGAGCUGAUACAAUGUCACUGAGUACAACCUCACAGGUAAGAGCUGGAAUACAGCAAGGGGCAGGAAAUCAGAGGGGUAAUAAUACAUAAACAUCGCCUUACUGAAAGCUGAACAGGCUAAAUAUUCAAACUGCCAAGAAAGUUAAAGAAUUCUCUGAAUUAGCCGCUCUUCAUUUAAUUUUGCCAUUCCAAUAUUAAUCCACUGCAAUUCGGAGUUUAGUGAAUAAACCUCUUUAGUAGCUCCAUUUGUUUCUGAUUAUUGACCUAACAUGCAUUUCAUCACAUGAUAUGAUUGUCUGAUCUCCGUCUGGGAUCUCUGUCUUUUCAAUCUCUCAGCUCCCCAUUACUAUUCUCAAGGCUGUAGUUACUAGACCCUGUAUUAAAGAGAAUUGAAAUGGAUAUAGAAAAUAAUAAUUCUCUUCACUAUACUCACAGUUUAUAUAUUGUAACCUACAUUUUGCCAUUUGCUACAGCUUAGAGUUUACUGAAUAACCCUGUCUGUCUCAGCUGUCUCUCUCUGUCUCACGACUCUCAGCGGGCUCUAUCUGUAUCUCUGUCUCACGACUCUCAGCUGUCUCUCUCUCUGUCUCACAACUCUCAGCUGUCUCUCUCUCUGUAUCUUUGUCUCACAACUCUCAGCUGUCCCUAUCUCGGUCUCACAACUCUCAGGUGGCUCUCGCUCUGUAUCUCUGUCUCACAACUCUCAACUGCUUCUCUCUCUGUAUCUCUGUCUCACAUCUCUCAGCUGCUUCUCUCUCUGUAUCUCUGUCUCACAACUCUCAGCUGCUUCUCUCUCUGUAUCUCUGUCUCACAACUUUCAGCUGGCUCUCUCUCUGUAUCUCUGUCUCACAACUUUCAGCUGGCUCUCUCUCUCUAUCUCUGUCUCACAACUCUCAGCUGGCUGUCUCUCUCUGUAUCUCUGUCUAACAACUCUCAGCUUUCUCUGUAUCUCUGUCUCACAACUCUUUGCUUCUCUCUCUGUAUCUCUGUCUCACAACUUUCAGCUGGCUCUCUCUCUGUAUCUCUGUCUCACAACUCUCAGCUGGCUGUCUCUCUCUGUAUCUCUGUCUAACAACUCUCAGCUUUCUCUGUAUCUCUGUCUCACAAUUCUCAGGUUGCUCUCUACAUCUCCUCUGUUGUGUCACUGGUCUCUCUGGAUAUCUCCUGUCUUCCUGUCCUCUAACUCACUCAUAACGCUUGACUGUCUCUAAUUCUCCAUAUGUCUUUUUUCAUAUCUCAGUUCCUUGAUGUCUUUCUGCAUCUCAUUGUCUCAUGUUUUAUCACAUCUUAGUGAUGUAUCAGGGUUAUUUACUAAAGUGAGAAUUCAAAUUUACACCAGAGUAGCUAAACUGAAAGCUUAGUUGACUUAGAAAAUUUAUUUAAUUUGGCUAUUUUCACCUUAAAUUUUGAAAUUCACUUAGAAUUCACCUUGAAUCCUCAUUUUAGUGAAUAACCUGGUGUAUCUUCCCUUGCUCUCCAUCCGAGCUGUCUGCUCUGCACCCCUCUCUAUCCGAGCUGCCUGCGCGGCGCCCCUCUCCAUCCAGGCUGCCUCCGCGGCGCCCCUCUCCAUCCGAGCUGCCUGCUUGGCGCCCCUCUCCAUCCGAGCUGCCUGCUUGGCGCCCCUCUCCUUCCGAGCUGUCUCUGAGUAUUGCCUUUCUCUUUCAGAGCUAUCUCUGAGUAUUCUAUGUCAGGAUCUCUCCUUUCUAUCUGAGUUUUGUCUUGGCAUUACCCCUCUCGGAGUUAUUCACUAAAGUGAGAAUUCAAAGUGAAUUUCAAAUUUAGCCUCUUAAGGACCAAACUUCUGGAAUAAAAGGGAAUCAUGACAUGUCACACAUGUCAUGUGUCCUUAAGGGGCUAAGGUCAAAAUAGUUCAACUGGAAAACUUCUCAAACUCUGUUAUGUUUUCAGUUCAGCUACUCUGGCCUUAUGUUUGAUAUUCACUGUGAAUUCCCACUUUAGUACUUAACCCUGUCUGUAUUGGACUCUCUGUAUAGCCCACCUCCCUCUCACAACCCUUGCUUUGGAUGCACUUAGCUGUACUCUCUAUUUCUCUGCUAAGGGCAGGGAAUCUGUCAAUGCUGCCACCUGUGUUUAUUUGCAUGGCAUUCUCAAAAUAGAUCAGAAUUAAUCAGAGCCGUUGUACAUGGAGCAAGAUUUUUUUUUUUUUUUUUUCACACCAUGGUGUGGACAUGAUGUACAGCACUUUAUCUGAUCUCAUCAGAACUUUCCUCUAUUGGAAUCCAUACUGAUAAAUGGCAGUGAAUGCCUGGCGCAUUCUGCUGUGCCAUAAUUAUGCAUUAAUUAACGAUACACCCUAUUCCCAGUACAAUUCUACACUUUGCUGUGUACAGCCUUGCUAUGCACACUGACAGACUUUGCUAUAUGGAUACAUGUUACUCUAGAUGCUAAUUCUCUGUGCAGUACACACUAUUUCUCUACACAUUGACACACUUUAUUGUGCCCGGAGUUAUGUUGGUUUACACACUGCAAUACUUUGCUAUGGACCCUCCACAUAUCAUUGUGCACUGACCCUACAUGGUUUGUUUUUAAUUUGUAUUUUUUUUUCUUUUUCUUUCUAGGUCUUUAUUGUAACAAAUGGCUCUAACGCCUCUCUGGGCAGUUGUAACAAUCAAUCUACUCUGGAUAAUUGUAGUGAUCAAUCUGUGAUGUCCUCUCACACACUGCUUCUGGUGGGAUACAGUCUUCUAAUGCCAGUCGGGGUGAUAUUGAAUGGAAUGUCCCUGUUUGUUUUCUUCCGCUGGCUCAGGCCAUUGACUGUGGUUGGAAUCUUCAUGUGCAACCUGGCUCUCAGUGACCUACUCUUCUCCCUGUCUCUUCCAUUCAGGAUCUUCUAUUAUGCUGAACACCAAUGGCCUUUCGGAGUAUUCCUCUGUCGUUUUUCUGGCUCCAUGUUUCACAUCAAUAUGUAUGGCAGCUGUUUGUUCCUGCUCUGCAUUAACGUGGAUCGUUACUUUGCUAUAGUACACCCUUUGCGCUUCCGCCAUUUCCGCCGACGCAAAGUGGCUCGUUUGACUUGCCUGGCAGUAUGGUUUGUCAUUGUAAGUGGGUCAGUGCCUGCGGCUAUUGUUCACACCUCAUCCGACUGUAUGAAUGGAGAUAAAGUGGUCCAUCGCUGUUUUGAGGCUUUCCUCAGCUGGCAUGGUACAGUCUUUCCCCUGAUGUUGGUGGCAGAGGUAAUUGGGUUCUUAUUGCCCUUGGGGGCAGUGUUAUAUAGCUCUUGCCAUGUGUUUUGGGAGCUCUGCAGAGAUCAGAUAGGAGGUCGACGACGGCACAAGAAGACAAUUAGGCUGCUCAUUGUAAACCUUGGAAUAUUUAUCUUUUGCUUUGUUCCUUAUAACACAGUGCUUGUGGCAUAUGGGCUUCUGAGAGCAAAAGUGAUUGUAGAUCAUUUCAGUGUAUUGCCAGUAAUGAAACAAACACUUUCUGUUACUGUUCUGCUUGCCAGUACAAACUGUGCUCUUGACCCAAUGAUUUAUUAUUUCAGCACUGAUGGCUUCCAAAAUACUCUACGCCAUCUUAGUGGGAAGGGAAGAGACUCUGGGGUUGUGGUGUCAUCCAGCAAGAACACACAAAAUACUUUGGUCUCCACCAAUGCAAACUCCAGCAUUGACACUGAAAAAAAGGAUAUGAAAGAGGGCACAUGUACUAUCAGGGAGAGGGAAGUCAAUGGCAAAGAAAGAAAAAGAUUGAUAGAAGAAUCUGAGAUAUGAACAAUGGUGUCUUGAAGCAAAGAGUGUGGACACAAUUUGGCCAUAAAGUAGGAAGUAAAACUGAGUGUCUCAGGGCACAGGUUGAAGUUUCAUAAUAAACCACGAGAGAGAGAGAGAGAGAGAGAGAGAGAGAGAGAGAGAAAAUAUGUGAGGACCUUGAAUUUAAGGAGAAAUGGGGAAAUGUAUGGAGUUUGUUGUGAGAAGCAAUGAAAAGUAAAGGUAAAGAAUUAGGAUUCCACGAGAAUGAAGCGAGAAAUUGGGUGGAAGAGUCGAGAUUAACAAAACGUUUAGAAAAACUGAACAGUGUGUGGAACAAAAGACUAGUCAGAGGAUUGUAAAUUGGCAAAUGCAAAAAUGAUAUAAAAUGAACUAGUGAAAAUGUGAGACAUUGAGAUUAGCAGUAAGGUUAGGAAGUAGAACAUAUGGCAUUGGGAAUCAGAGAUUGGGAGGAAAGUGGCAAGUGAAAGAGUGAGACUCAGAGAUUUUCAGGGAGGUUAGGAAAUUGGUUAGAGAUUAUAAGGAAAGUAGGAUAUUAAGUAGUUGGGCACAAUAGGCUUUCGGUGAUUGGAAACAAAGUAUGCUAAACCAGCAAAUAUGAUUGUUAUAUUGUAGUUGCCACCACAAAACAUACUUAAUGCAACGUAAUACCAUGCGGAGGAAAAAAAACAUAGCAAUAGCAACAAACUGUAAAUCUAUGGCAUCUAUCAGGAAAGUUUAGAAGGACACACACAGCAAUUUAAGAAUAUUUGGUCCUUGCAUAGAUUAUGAUGCAAUUAGCCUGCUGUUCCUGUCUCAUUUAAUUUGGGUGUAGCUGUAGCAGUUUACAAAAAUUCCUAAACCUACAUGCCCACUUCCUGCUUGAUGGCUUAAUCACUCACUACCCCCACAUAAAUUCAGUCCAGCAUAUGUGCGUAUAGAGCCAUGCGGUUUCAUUUAUGUGCUUCCAUACCUGGGACAGCUGUAUUAAAUCUUGAAUAAACCGUUGCUGAUCACAAGUGUGUAGUAUGUCCAUAGAGCUGCCACAAAUAAGAAUUAGAAUUGGCUGAGAAAACUGACAUUUACUGGUCAUUGCAAAAGAGGAAAGUGAUCAUUAAUUGUAUUUAAAAAAACAAAACAAAAUUGAAUGCAUCUUCUUAAUGUGUUUAAAACGGGGGCAUUAACUCAAUCAUGACUCCUCAACCUGCUGUAAUGUAAGAAAAGGAGCAAUAACUCUCCCUACAGCAAUGUCACCUUGCCUAACUUAUCAGUGUCAUGUGUUCGAGCUAAAAGAAUAAACAUGAGUGAGAUCAUUAUAAUAAAACCAGAACCUUUCUUAAAAAGAUCCAAAGUAAGAAAAUAAUCCAAAAGCCCGAAAGAAUAUCAGGGGCUAGUGAAUAUUCUCUAAAUGGUGCCUACAGUCAAACUCCUGGAAGGAGGGGAUAACCCUCAAAUUAGUACAAAUAGGGAACCUUUAAUAGGAGGGGGACCUAAAUAUUAUUUAGGUCCCCCUACUAUUGAGGGUUUCCUAUCUUUGUGCCUUUUAAAAAGAUACCAAAUAUAUUUUUAAAACUCUUUCAUAAUUGCUCAUUAAAGCGUGAAUUGUUGGGAUUUCACCAGGCCUUUGGAAAUUUUAAGUUUAUGUUUUUCCAUCUUUUUGGGAGUCUUUGCAUAUUUUGGUGUGGUGGCUCGGGGAUUGCAAGUGGAGGUGAAUUUUACUUACCUGAUGCUGUGUCCUGUAAGCACCACCAUCUUCAAUCUUCAGCUCAUGGUACUUCACCAGACAGGUCCACGUUUGUGCUAUACACAUGUGAGACUGCAUCAGCCUCCGUAGAUAGUCUUGUCAUGAGCUAGCAACGGCUAUGGAAAGUCAUGAACCCCGAAGGCAGUAGCUCUGCCUUUUGUCGGGUUUUGUCAACUUGAGUAUUUACCAUAAGACAAUGUAGUGAUAUAUUUUGACUACAGUGGAAUUUCCAAUGAAAUUCCAGCAUAGUCUUUAUGAGUUUUUUUU